AUGGGACAAAGGCCCAGCAGAGUUAAAAUUACUAAAAAUGAUAGGGCAAUACUACAGUUAAAGAGAUCGAAGGAUGAAAUUCAUAAAUUCGCCAAGAGAACAGAUAAUCUCAUAGCAAGUGAAAGAGUUAGGCUGAAAACGAUGAUUCAAGAAGAUCCUAAACAUUAUAAAGAAAACCCCAAGAUACGGUUUCUGCUGAAGAGGAUUCAUUAUCAAAACCAUCUUUUAGAACAAGCAGGAGAUCAGUUAAUCAAUUUGGAGAAUUUAGUAUCCACGCUUGAAUUUAAAUUAGUUGAAUUGCAAUUUGUUAAGGGUUUAGAACAUGGUAAUGAGAUUCUUUCAAAGCUCAACAAGGAAUUUAAAGGUGCAGAUCAGUUAAUGGACAACGUACAAUCUCAAACAAGUUAUCAGAAUGAGAUUAACGACGUGCUGGCACGCAGCGUAGUUGGUGUUGAUGAUUUUGAGGAAGAAUUGGAUAAAGAAUUGGAUCAAUUGGAGGAACAGUUUAUUCUCAAGAAGGAACCACAGAAAGAACCAGAGAUUCAAAUGCCCUCUACAGAAGGAUUACCAGAUUUGAAAUCCGAAGAACAAGAUUCUGCAGAACACGCCUCUGAAGAAAUUAUCGGAGAAAGAGCUUUAGCUUAG